UGACCGUGGAGGAGGAGGAGGAGGAGGAGGAGGAGGAGCGUGCGGUGAGGUUUGUGGGCAGGAUGGCGGUCUCCUUCAGAGGAGGAGGAGGAGGAGGAGGAGGUGCCAGCGAGGAGGAGGCGCCGCUCACUCUGCACAACUUCAACCACAGGAAGCACAGAAGAAGAGAAGAGGGACACGCCAGCCAAUCAGAGAAGGCCAUCAGUGCAGUCGUUAGGCAGAACGGUUACCGAGCAACACAGGUGCUGCACAGCUCCCAGCAUGCCUUGCAUCUUCUCCAGAGUCAGACCUUCAGCCAAUCAGGCGUCUUCUCAGUUUCCUCCAGCCAAUGGCAUUUCUCGGACUUUGCCCCGCCCUUCUCCCUCUCCUCCAAUCACAAUGCUCUUCGCCUGUGGCUGUCCCCCCCCUCCUCUGUUGGCUCCGCCCCCAUGCUGCGGCUGUCGGCGGUUGCCGUGGAGACGCUGGCGUCGAUGAGGGGCGGGGUUUGUGGGCCCCGGCGGCCCCUGAAGGACUGGACGGCCCCCCCCAGCCUGAGCUCUGAUCACUGUUACAUGCGGCCGCCGACGCCGAGCCAGACUUUUUCCGCCCAGCGACCGCAGAGGCAACGGACCAAUCACAGCGCUCGGAGUCUCCGGCUGCCACGGCGACGGUCCCUGCCCCUCCCCCCGUCAGUCACAGCCAGCCAAUCAGCAGCCGGCUCUGAGAGAGUUAAACGAGUGUCACAGAUCCGAAUCCGCCGCGCGUCGCCGCGGGAAACGCUGCUCACGCCGAUGGGACUGCCCAAGGUCAAGAGGUUGAAGAAGAAAGAAUUCAGUUUGGAGGAAAUCUACACCAACAACAACUACACCCCCCCCACCACCAACAGUCUGGAGACGAUCUUUGAGGAGCCUCGUGAGAAGGACGGAGCGCUGCUGCUGAUUGGCCAGCAGAGGAGACGGAGGCUCCUCCUCUUCCCUGACUUCACUCAGCCCAGGAAGAGGAAGAGACCGCAAGUGAUGGGACUUCCUGUUGCCAUGGUGCCCAAGAAGCGUGCGGCAGCCCGGCGAAAUUACCAUGGCGACGGUGACGACGAGUCGGACCUAGACGUGAUGCUGGUGGAGCGACUGAGCGCGCUCGAAGACUUCCUGACACGGCAGGGCCUUGAUGUGUGAACUGUGACAUCACUUCCUGUCAACUGACUAAAGGCCAAAUACACAAAGCUGCUAGCAUGUCCGCUACUGCUGCGUUACCGCGGUAACACCAUCAGCUGCUAGGUUACCAUGGUAACACCGUCAGCUGUUAGGUUACCACGGUUACACAGUCUGGUUUUCGUUUGCGGUGUUUUUAACGUUUUUUUUUUCUUUAGUUUAAUUUUUUACUUUAAAUGUGAAAUAUUUAAUCUGCACGCCAAGAGGCCACGCCCCCAACAGGAAACCACUUCCUGUUUUUUUUUUAUUAUUAAUGUGAACUCCCUAUACACACACACAUUAAUAUACACACACACACACACACACACACACACACACACACACACACACACACACAUUAAUAUACACACACACACACACACACACACACACACACACACACACACACACACACACACACAGUACUGAGAGUUGCAGGUGAUGUUUUUUCUAUUUUUGGAACAAAUAAAGUUUGUUUCUGCUCA